CCAUUUUAACCAGGGGUACAAACGUGAACAGGGGGUUGGCAUUGGAGACGGGCAAUGCGAGUAGAGGGCGGACAGGGGAAAGAAGUCAGUCUCGCGCCACAGCUCACCGAAGCAACAUCACCCCAUGGCUAUUACCGCACGCGAUGCAGAACUCUACGCCUUCUGACCGACUUUAAGGGGAUCCACUGAGUCCAGACUAAUUUAUCAUUAGGAGCCCAGAAGUCAGCUUCAAAGGAUGCUUCUCUCGUGGGAACCAUAUAUUCUGGCAAUCAAAUACGUGCAUUAAUAUAGAUGUAUUUACAGUAAUCUGUCUACAACUAUCACUGUGGACGCGGGAGUAUUUCUGUUUCUUUGCCGACGUCUCAUUUUAUUUAACAAAAAUACAAUAGUCUAGGUUUAAAAUGUGCGCAUCGUUAUUGUCCUGGGUCCGCUUCAAUGUAUUUUAUUUAAAAGUAGCCGAUUAUUGAGGGACGCCGAACUGACACUUGCUCUCAAGAAGAAUAGUUGUAUUUUUAUGUCAUCACACGAUUCGCCCGGUUGGUCGAGAGGACUUAUAACAUCGAGUGAUCCUCGUCACACGACGGACUUAUUUUGCCUGUGCUGAUAGCAUUCUUUAAAUAUAUGGGCGCAUCAGCGUUUCCGUCUUUCUAUUUAAAUUCUGACUUCUCAUUUGGGAUUUAAAAGAUUUUUUUCUGAUGUAAGAAGGGACGAUGAAUCAAAUGAGUUGAACACCUCUCGUUCCCACAACUGAUUUUGAAAGAAUUCCCUGCAUUGGUACAGUAGCCUAAAGCUGCAAAGGGUUACUCAAACUGACAGAAGGACAUUUACCACUAUCAAAAUGAGGCUGAUUCCAUCAAGACUGAGCUAUCUGUUCCUCCACUUCUUUGCUUUUUGCUACUAUGCUCAGGUAACCAUUCAGUCCCCGCCUAAUUUUACACAGCAUGUGAGCGAGCAGAGUAGAGUCACGGACCGGGUGAGCCGCAGGUUAAUUCGAACCUACCAGCUUUACAGCAGAACGAGCGGCAAGCACGUGCAAGUUCUUGGAAACAAGAAAAUCAAUGCCAUGGCCGACGACGGAGAUGUGCACGCCAAACUCAUAGUGGAAACGGACACGUUUGGGAGCCGCGUCCGAAUUAAAGGCGCAGAGACCGGAUACUACAUCUGCAUGAACAAGAGAGGGAAACUGAUCGGCAAGAGAAACGGACAGGGGAAGGACUGCAUCUUCACGGAGAUCGUGCUGGAGAACAACUACACGGCGCUGCAGAACGCGCGGUACGAGGGCUGGUACAUGGCCUUCACGCGCCGCGGAAGGCCCCGGAAGGGCUCCAAGACGCGGCAGCACCAGCGCGAGGUGCACUUCAUGAAGCGGCUGCCCCGCGGCCAGCACGCCGCCGAGCACCGGCCCUUCGACUUCAUCAACUACCCCUUCAACCGGAGGACUAAACGCACCCGCUACUCCGGGGAGCACUGAGCCUCGGCGGGAGCAACCGCCAACGGCAGACGCUAACGCUAACGCCGGAGCAGACACUAACGCUAACGCCGGAGCAGACGCUACGGCUAACGUCCGACUCCUCACAGACUCCUUACAUCUGGCAGCCGGAGCAGACGCUAACGCUAACGCCGGACUCCUCACAGACUCCUUACAUCUGGCAGCCGGAGCAGACGCUAACGCUAACGCUGGGACUCCUCACAGACUCCUUACAUCUGGCAGCCGGAGCAGACGCUAAUGCUAACGCCGGAGCAGACACUAACACCCGACCGACUCCUCAAAGACUCCUUACAUCGCUAACGCCCGACUCCUCACAGACUUGUUUUGUACUGAACAAUAAUAUACCUAAUAUUUAGUUGUUUAUAAUUUUUUCAGAAAGCAAAACUUUCAAAAAAAAAAAAAAAAGAAAUCUAUUUUUGUACUCAAGGCUCUAAGUGAUGACUUGUAUAAAAUGUUUUAGAAAGAGAUGCACAUGCUAGCAUCAGACGUGAGAGCUGACGUGCAGUGGUGCGUAGACUUUGUAGUCUCUGUUUUGUUUGCUGAUAGAGUAUUUGCCACACCUCACAUGCUGCUCAAGGAGACUGAAUGAGCCUUCGAGAUCGCACUGAAGACAGACAGCGCUGUGUAAAUCUGUUUCAGAUUCGCAAAGGGCACCUUUGCCAUAGCAACAGGAAGCUAACAGUGCAGCCUCCAUGGUUUCUGGUUAAGUCUUCUCAACAGAUGAGAUUGUUGAAGCGAACACACAAACACAGCUUUAAAUACAUGUUAUUAUGGCAGCUACUUUUUUGAUAACCACCGGUUUCCUGCUGUUGAUUUAACUGUAAAUUUGAGGUGUAAAUGCAUUCUUUAACCAAUAGGAAGCCCUUGGUUUUUGUUACUUUUUGUUUGUUUUUUAUACAUAUAUAAAUAUAUUUUUAUUCGAGGAUAUGUAAAAUAAUUUUAAUGAUGGAGAUAUUUAUUUAAAAAUGUGUAAUAAAUUUACAUUAGGAGACCGA